GUCGCAAAAGCGUCCGCUCUUGGCGGCUCCAGGCCACCUGUGUAAGCGGAGCGUGCUGGGGCUAGGGAGCUGGUAUGGAGGUGGCGGCAAGCGAAGUUUCGCGGGAUUGCGGUGACUCCACGGAGAAGCGGCUGGCCGGUGCCCAAGACUGCUGAACUCCCGCCGCCUCAGGGGCCAUGCUGGCCUCACGCGUGGCGCGCGGCUCGUGGGCGGCCCUGCGCGGCGGUGCCGCCUGGGCGCCGGGGGUGCGGCCGAGCAAGGGGCGCGCCCGCGGGGCCCUGCUGCCGCCCGCGCCCUGCUGCCUAGGCUGCCUAGCGGAGCGCUGGUGGCUGCGCCCGGCCGCGCUCAGCCUGCGGUUGCUGGGGGCCAGCCCGCGGAACCACUGCUCCGGGACGGGGAAGGCGGCCUCCGGGGCCGCGGCCGGAGGAGGCGCCGCCGCCGAGGCCUCGAGCAGCCGGUGGGGCCCGGCCGGCGCCGCCAGCCUGUAUGAAAACCCAUGGACAAUCCCAAAUAUGUUGUCAAUGACGAGAAUUGGCUUGGCUCCAGUUUUGGGCUAUUUGAUUAUUGAAGAAGAUUUUAAUAUCGCCCUAGGAGUUUUUGCUUUAGCUGGGCUAACUGAUUUGUUGGAUGGAUUUAUUGCUCGAAACUGGGCCAAUCAAAAAUCAGCUUUGGGAAGUGCUCUUGAUCCACUUGCUGAUAAAAUACUUAUCAGUAUCUUAUAUAUUAGCUUGACCUAUGCAGAUCUUAUUCCAGUUCCACUUACUUAUUUGAUAAUUUCAAGAGAUGUAAUGUUGAUUGCUGCUGUUUUUUAUGUCCGAUAUCGAACUCUUCCAACACCGCGAACGCUAGCUAAGUAUUUCAAUCCUUGCUAUGCCACUGCUAGGUUAAAACCAACAUUCAUCAGCAAGGUAAACACAGCAGUCCAGUUAAUCUUGGUGGCAGCUUCUUUGGCAGCUCCAGUGUUCAAUUAUGCUGACAGCAUUUACCUUCAGAUGCUUUGUUUACAGAGAUGGAAACAGAAUUAAAACAGAAGCCAUGUGUCCGUGAAAAGUCACCUGCUGGUCACGAGCAUUCAGCGUGCCCCAGGCAUUGCUCGUGUCACACCAAGGAUCUGGUUACUCUGGCAGUCCACUUAAGGAAAAGCCAGAAGAGACAGCGGAAUCCAUUUAAAACGACUCGUCGAGCCCUAGAGCUCACACAGGCUGCAGGAAAUAGAGUUUGAUACUCUAGGCUGCAUGUGGAAAGGGCACAUGGGCUUUAGAAGGAAGCCAGGCACAAACGCAGUUCUGGCGCAGUCCCUGAGCAGGUUCUGUGGGGGUCCAUUCCCUCAUCUGUAGGAUGAAAUUGAGAAUAAACUUAGAACGUAACAGCUAGACUAAUGUCGAGUAUGACAGCUUCUAGUGUUGUCAUUAAUUUUUAGAGCUCAUUAACUAGAUUAAUUUCUUGUCUUAUGGGGCCAUUGGGGCCAGCGUUGUGGCAUAGCAGGUAAAGUUGCCUCCGCCUGCAAUGCCAACAUCCCAUAUGGGCACCAGUUCAUGUCCCAGCUGCUCCACUUCCAAUCUAGCUCCUUGUAAUGGCCUGGGAAAAGCAGCAGAAAAAUGUCCCAAGUACUUGGGCCCCUGCUACCCACAUGGGAGACCCAGAUAAGGCUCCUCGCUCUCAGCUUCAGCCUACCUCAGCCCUGGCUGUUGGCAGCCACUCGGGGAGUGAACCAGCAGAUGGAAGAGCACUGUCUGUGGAUUUGACUUUCAAAUAAAUAUACUGGGGCUGGCACUGUGGCUUUGCAGGUUAAGCUGGUACCUGCAGCAUUGGCAUCCCAUAUGGGCACCAGUUCAACUCCUGGCUGCUCCACUUCCAAUCCAGUUCUUUGCUAAUGUGCCUGGGAAAGCAGCGGAGGACAGCCCAAGUGCUUGGGCCUCUGCACCCAAGUGGGAGACCUGCAUGGAGUUCCAGAAUCCCAGCUUCAGCUUGGCUCAGUGCUGACUGUUGCAGCCAUUUGGAGAGUGAACCAACAGAUGGACAAUUUCUCUGUGUCUCUGCCUCUCCCUCUCUGAACUCUCCCUUUCAAAUAAAAUAAACCUUUAAAAAAAAACAAGGGCCAGCGCCGUGGCUCACUUGGUUAAUCCUCCGCCUGCGGCGCCUGCAUCCUAUAUGGGCACCAGGUUCUAGUUUCGGUUGCUCCUCUUCCAGUCCAGCUCUCUGCUGUGGCCCGAGAGGGCAGUGGAGGAUGGCCCAAGUGCUUGGGCCCCUACACUCGCUUGGGAGACUAGGAAGAAACACCUGGAUCCUAGCUUCGGAUCGGUGCAGUGCCAGCCGUAGCUGCCAUUUGGGGAGUGAACCAACGGAAGGAAGACCUUUCUCUCUGUCUCUCCCUCUCACUGUCUGUAACUCUACCUGUCAAAUUAAAAAAAUAAUAAAUAAAUAAAUGAGUAUAUCUUUAAAAGAAAAGUUUAUAUUCUUUUAUUUAAACAAAUUAUACCACAUAGCCUUUUAUCUUUAAGUAGAUCUUUAACAUGUGUACUUUAUGAUGCUGUUACUGUAUUUUUAGAUUUGACAACAAAUUUUA